AUGCUUCGUGUUCAAAUCAACUUGUUUGAGUGUGGUGGAAUGGGAAUUGGGUUUAGUAUUUCUAGUAAGUUUGCUGAUACCUCAACACUGAGCACAUUCAUCAAUUGUUGGAGUGCAACAACCCAUGAUGAGUCAAAUAAGUUAAUGUUUCCCAAAUUUGGUGUGGCGUCUCUGCUUUCACCACUAAAUUUGUCAAAUUCAGAGACAUCACCAUUCCAACCCGAUGAUGCCGUUAAAGAAAAAUGCAUGACAAGGAGGUUUGUGUUUGAUGCCUCAGAGAUUGCUGCUCUCCAGUCGAAAGUAGCCAGCUCAGUUGUGCCCAAACCAACAAGAGUAGAAGCAGUUGCAGCACUCAUUUGGAGAUGCCAAAUUGAAGCAUCAUCCAGAUCAUCAUCGAACAUGUUGGGGACUAGUCUAAUAAGGCCAUCCGUUUUCUCUCACCCACGUAAAAACGCAGUGCCGCCCUUGCCAGAAAACUUGGUUGGGAAUCUAGUGGAUUUUUCAAUAGCACACUACUCUCACUCUGGAGAGAGUACUAGUGUGAUAGAUUUGAAAGACUUGGUUGCAAAAAUCAAGGGAGCGCUCGAAGAAAUAAAAGUGCGUUGUGAUACAAAAGUAGUAUUCGAUUCUAACAAACAAUGGCAAAAAAUGAACGAGUACAUGAACAUGGUGAAAAAUGAUGACAUAGUCAAGUUGGUGUCGAUUUCCAUUUUAUGA